UCCUUGCAGGAUAGCAGGAUAGACAGUACCCGACACGACCCCAUGGAAGCCGUUUAGCCUCGAACUGGUACCAGGUUUAGCGCUAGGUGAAAAUAUGCAAAACGUUGAAAAGCAGCGGGGAAAAGUCAAACAAAAAGUGGAACCAGAACCCGAAACAGAAACAGAACGAUUGCCAGCGGAGAGGGAGAAUUUGGCGUUAGGAAAGGACAGGGAGGAGGCAAAGGAGCAGAAGGAGGAGGAGGACACCAGCUCCAAAAUCAAGACCCGUUCACGCUUCUCGGCCGCCUUUCGCAGUCUCUCCAAGCCAAAGGCCAAGAAGGAGAAGGAGCAAGAAGCCAAGAGCGAGGAGGAACCCACCGCCACGCAGCUGGAGGACGUGGACAGUACUGAUAGUGGAGCCGCUGGGAAGACGCUCAAGAAGAAGAGUCUGACUCGUCGCCUGCUGCUGGGCGGUCUGAAGAAGACCCCAAAGGCUCGACCGCACAGCCUGGCCACCAGCGAUGAGAUCAGCGUGCUAGACAGCAGCCUCGAGCGGGUGGAGACAGCCCCAGACCCAGAUCUGGACACCCCAGACACCAAUGCACCAUCCGCCAGCAGCAGCGGCACCCUCCUCCAGAUAACCAUAAGCGGGAAGAAAGUCGAGCCGGCCAAAGGCAAGAGCCGCAGCAGCAAGAGUCGAACCAAGAGCUCAGCCAGCGAGACGGAUUACCUGACACCAGCGGCAGGGGCGUCGACGGGGAGGGGGCCUACAGCGGGUGGGAAGAAGAAGGCGACCACGACCACAACGGUGACGACCAAAGACACGAGCAGCACUCGGAUGACAAAGCUGAUUGUGGCCAAGAAGAAGCAACAGUCGACCCCCAAGCCAGCAGAAGCAGCGACACCCAAAGCGACAGAACGAGUCGCGACGGCCGCAGAGACUGGAGGGAAAAUCGCUAUCACCGAGAGCACACGAGAUACGCCGCCCAGAGAGCGGGCCCCGGCCAAGCCGAGUCGCGUUCAGGUUCAGUCUGCCAGCAGCACCGGAGCCGUUCGCAAGUCAUCCUCCAGCAAGAAGUUGGAAUUGCUGCAGCAACAGCAGCAGCGCGGACACCGCCUUUCCCGACAAGUCGCCAGCAACGCCACAACGGUGGCCACCCCAGAGAGCAACCAAGUGCCGGCCCUAGAGGCGCCACCCAGUCCAGAGCCGGAGCCCAGUCCGCCUACGUGUCCGCCCCCACCCCCGCCAGUCGAGGACGAGCAGGCUGCCGACGACGCCGUGUCCUCAGCGGAGAGUGCCCAGAGAGAGAGUGUCAGUCCAUCGCCCGUUGUGCGUUUCGCCGUUGGCAGCGCCGUGCGCAGUCCGCUCAGUGCCUACGAGGCUGCCCUGGCAGCGUUAGCCAAUCAGCCGCCCAGUUCCAGCGAGGAGCCCAGCGACUCCAGCCUCCGGCGACUCAGCUUUGCCCAGCAGCAGCUCGUUCUGAGCGACCACGACAGCAUCGAGGGCAGGCGGGAGACCCUGCACUAUCACUCCGUGGCCAGCGAGUACUCGAACGAGGACUCCGUGUCCGAGGACAGCGAGGACCAGUCCGUGAAAGAUCCAGCCACUGCGAACCCCAUGCCGGCCUUUGGUGACCUGACCAUGGAUCAGGAAAUGGAACCGGCCAUCAUGACGUCAACCAGUGAGAAACGGGAACAUCUGUACAAAAUUCUAGUCAUCGGUGAGCUAGGCACAGGGAAGACGUCCUUCAUCAAGCGCUACGUGCACCAGUUCUUCAGCCAAAACUAUCGGGCCACCAUUGGCGUGGACUUUGCCCUGAAGGUGCUCCAGUGGGACGGCAACACGAUAGUGCGCCUGCAGCUGUGGGACAUUGCCGGCCAGGAGCGGUUCGGCAAUAUGACGCGAGUCUACUACAAGGAAGCGGUUGGAGCGUUCAUCGUGUUCGACGUCACACGCAGUGGAACCUUCGACUGUGUGAGCAAGUGGAAGGAGGAUUUAGACUCGAAGGUGCAGCUGCCAGACGGGAGUCCUAUACCCUGCAUACUGCUGGCCAAUAAGUGUGAUCAGGAGAAGCAGGGCAUCGUCACGAAUCCCGAGAAAAUGGAUGAGUAUGUGAGAGAGAACGGGUUCGCCGGCUGGUUCGAGACAUCCGCCAAGGAGAAUAUCAACAUCGAUGAAGCCUCCCGCGCUCUUGUGAAUAAGAUACUCAUCAACGAUAAGCUGAUAAGUGGCGACCUGGCCGAUGGUGACAAGUUCAACCUGAACAACACCAGCGAUGCAACUGGCACGGAAACCAAGAACAAGUGCUCCUGCUGAAAGCAGAGGCCCGGACAGCCAUCUGUUAUAUUCCAACAAUCAUUCCACCACUUUCCUCUCCCAGUCUGAGCAGCAGUCCUAAAGCUAAUCGGGAAUAUGUUUAUGUUCAUUCCAUUACGACGAUAACUAUGCUUAGGGUUUUAACUUAACAUUUGUCUAAGACUUAGCAUCCUCAUCGUAGCAUCCAUCAGUCACCCGAUCCUCGUGUUUGUUUUCACCGACACCGACCGACCCUGGCUGGAAGACUUGUGCCCGUAAAUUCUGGAUAAGACCUCAGAUCGGGGUCACUGCGUGAAUUUAUAUGGCAGCACCUUCGUCCAGACAUACAUAUAAAGCAUUAUCAUAAACAUUAUCUAAGCUAGUUGGCAGCAUCCAUGCUGCCCAUGCCGUACCCACCCCAUUGUAGGGUCUACAUUUGUGUAAAAUACGAAUCGUUUUCUCGUUGUCUCGUUAUUUUGUUUGCCUUAUUUACUUUUGUUGGCGUGAUUGUUUUAUCUUGGAAUUCUUAUACACAUACAUACACACACACUUUGCCAUCUUUAUUUGCAUUUAAUUUAGAUAAAUAUACGUACCGUACGCUCUAUGCAAUACGAAAUGAAAAAUAAAGUUUUAAUUGUAGUUAAGCCAA